AUGGGCGUCGCCCUCACCGCCUGCACGGUCCCGCACGCCGGCAAGCCGUCCUUCGACCUGCCGGAGGACGAGAUCGAGAUCGGCAUCGGCAUCCACGGCGAGCCGGCCGGCGCCGGAUCAAGGCCGCGCCCGCGACGAGAUCACGGAGAUGCUGCUGACCCCGGUGGCCGACGACCUCGGCCUGGCGUCGGGGGAGCAGGUGCUGCUGUUCGUCAACGGCAUGGGCGGCACGCCCCAGUCGGAGCUCUACGUCGUCUAUCGUCAGGCACGCAGGCUGCUCGAGGGCCGCGGGGUCCAGGUGACCCGGUCGCUCGUGGGCAACUACGUGACAUCACUGGAGAUGCAGGGCGCCUCGGUCACUGUGCUCCGGCUGGACGACGAGCUCGCCGCGCUGUGGGACGCGCCGGUGCGCACGGCCGCGCUGCACUGGUAGCCGGCCCGCCGCCCUCCCGGGCGCGUGGUCGAGGUCUCGACGGCGGAGGUGGGAGAAGGACAUGGCGGGGGUCUCUGGAUGCGGGCUGGGCGGUCGCCUGGGUGCGUCGCACGGCGCAGGUGGUGACCGAGAACCGCGAGCUCCUCAUCGAGCUCGACCGGCAGAUUCGGCGACGGGGACCACGGCGAGAACCUCACCCGGGGCUUCACCGCCGUGCUGGCCAAGCUCGACGCGCUGGAGGAGCAGCCGGCGGACGUCGGCGCGGUGCUCAAGCUCGUGGCCACCACGCUCAUGUCGACGGUCGGCGGCGCCGCCGGCCCGCUGUACGGCACGGCCUACCUGCGCGCCGCGAAGGUCACCGGCCUGCCCGAGCUCGACAGCGGCGCGGUCGUCGCGAUGCUCGAGGCCGGGCUGGAGGGCAUCGUGGUGCGCGGCAAGGCGGGCACCGGCGAGAAGACGAUGGUCGACGCCUGGACCCCCGCGGUCGAGGCCGCCGUGGCCGCGUCCGACGCCGGCGCCUCCCCGGCCGCGGUGCUGGCCGCCGCGGGCGGAGGCGGCGCGCGCCGGGGCCGAGGCCACGACCCCGCUGGUGGCGACGAAGGGGCGCGCGUUCCUACCUCGGCGAGCGCUCCGCGGGCCACCAGGACCCCGGGGCGACGUCGAGCGCGCUUGUCCUCGAGGGCCGCCGCCGAGACCGCGGCGGCGAUCGCAUGACCGCCGCCCCGGUCGCCCUCGUCCUGGUCUCCCACUCGGCGACGCUGGCCGAGGGCGUCCGGGAGCUGGCGGCGCAGAUGGCGCCGGAGGUGCUGAUCAUCGCCGCGGGCGGCGACGGCGCCGGCGGGCUGGGCACCAGCUUCGACCUGGUCGAGCAGGCGCUCGGCGAGGCCACCGCCGACGGCCGGUCCGCGGUCGUGCUGACCGACCUCGGCUCGGCCGUGCUGACGACCGAGUCCGUGCUCGAGCUCCUCGACGAGGACGUCGCCGCCCGGGUGCACCUCGCGGACGCGCCGUUCGUGGAGGCCGCCGUCGCGGCGGGCGUGACCGCGGCGGGCGGGGCGCCGGUCGGCGAGGUGCUCGGCGCGGCCGUGGCCGCGGGCGCCGGGUUCCCGCACGCGGUCGGCGCGGGCGGGGUCGAGCCGGAGGCCGGGGCGGCGGGCGAGCCGUCCGCGAGCCCCGCGGCCGCCGCCGCACCUGCCGAGCCGCACCACGCCGGCGAGACGGCCGCCCCGAUCACCGCGCACGUCGUCGUGCGCAACCCCAUGGGCCUGCACGCCCGCCCCGCCGCGGUGCUCGCCCGGAUGAUGGCCGGCUUCGACGCCGCCGUGCAGGUGGACGGCGUCAACGGCGCGAGCGUCCUCGAGCUCAUGCAGCUCGGCGCCACGCAGGGGCGGACGCUCGAGGUGUCGGCGACCGGGCCGCAGGCCCGGGUGGCGGUCGACGCGUUCGUCGGGGCGGUCGAGGAGGGCUUCGGCGAGGUGUGA